AUGCAUAACGUCUUCUACCCUCCUGUUCCGAGUGCUAUUCCUAUCCGCGAGAAGCUUCGUUCUGGCUGCGACAUUGAUGUCUACGGCAAGGUUAACCAUGGCAGUCACAAAAAUUUCUCGAUUGAGCUCUUAUCUGGGCCGCACAUAGUUCUUCACAUAAACUUCCGAUUUCAACGCAGUGACAAGCAAGUCAGACACGACAAUCCGCUUGGCAGUGAUGAUGCAUUUCAGCUUCGCAUUCAUUGUCAACACAAUUACUAUGAGAUUGAGUUGAACAGUAAACCAUUGGCUAACUUCACUCAUCGUUUCCCUAUGGAGUCUGUGCAGGCUUUAGGAAUGAAAGGGACGUCACCAUCGAAAAAGUCCUCUUCUCCGGGUUCGACUUCGGCACCGACUGGUGCGGUGACCACGACUACGGCCAUGCUGGCUAUGGUUCCUACGGUUUGGAUCACUAUGAACCUCCCGUGUGAUUCAUGUCAACCCUCUUAUCAGAUGGCCGUUUUGUCAGAUGUGUACCGUUUAUGUUGCAGUUCGGCUCGGACCACGCUUACAAUGCCUACUUUUGAACAGCCGACAUCACUGGCCAAGCAGGAAUAUUGUGAUGUGCGUACUACAUGCAGCAUCGUUCUCAAUAAAUACACUUUCCAUACAGUAGUUGUGGUAAUACGAGGGGAGAAUCUAGUGGAUGUCCCCCUGCCGUGUCAUAUCAAACUAUCGAGAAAUUUGAGGAGA